UUCGAAGGAGGGUCAUCUUUCCGUCCAGCAACAAAAAAUGAUUUUUCCUAUAAAUUUCACAGAAAAAUGUGCAAAGCGCGUCUAUUUUUGUUAAAUUAAAAUUAAGUUAGUUCUCUAGUCAUUAUGAAGAAACAGUGCAAUCAAUUUCCACUAACGUUAACGAACGCUCGAAGAAUCUUCCCGAGGAGAACGCUGCAAAAGUGCUAGCGUAGAAUGCGGCUGCUCCGGUUGCCGCGGCUAACCGGAAAAGUUCGGUUCCGAUGCUGCUGUCUGGUGUCGCUGGCGACCCUGGUCGCGCUGAUUUACCUCACCGUCAGCGUUAUGGUCACGCAUCCGCUCCAGCAUGGAACCAGAUGUUACGAUCCGAUAGACGUGGUGUACACCUGGGUUAACGGAAGUGACGAACGCUUCCUGGACAGUAUCAAAAUGUACGCAACCAAGCGCGAUAAGGCUCGUUACGACGAUAAGAACGAGCUGAAGUAUUCGCUUCGAUCGCUGGAAAAGUACGCUCCUUGGGUGAGGAACGUCUACAUCGUGACCAACGGCCAGAUUCCCUUUUGGCUGAACCUGGACAACCCGAAGGUAAAGAUUGUGCAGCACUCGGACAUUGCCGACGAGGGAACGGUUCUGCCGACGUUUUCAAGCGCAGCGAUUGAAACUAUCAUCCAUCGAAUUCCGGGAUUGUCGAAGAACUUCCUGUACCUGAACGACGACAUCUUCCUGGGGCCCCUUUUCCCUGACGAUCUGACAACGCUCUCGGAAGGGGUGAGCGUGUUUACGGCGUGGCUCGUGCCCGAUUGUGCCCCCGACUGUCCGUGGAUGUUUGUGGGGGACGGUUCCUGUGAUUCGCAUUGCUACGUGGAGGAGUGUCAGUUCGAUGGGGGCGAUUGCAGUCAUCCGGACUAUCAGGACCACAUGCACGACCCGGAACAGGACAACUACAACAACCUGUCCGGCGAGGAGACGUUUAUCGAUGUGCCGAAAACGUUGGGCAUGGGCGGCGGUAAAAAGUCUGAAAACAUUCGUGAUAUUUAUGAGAUUUUCAAGCGAACCAAUUCCACCUCGACGAGGCAGCUAGUGGAUAAGUUUAACCGGGACAAGAUGAAGCUGAACAAGCAGCAGCACUCGAAGAAGAGCUCGUUGUCGGGUCGGAACCGCGAUCGCGACCAGCAAGGUGAAGGGAAAAGCGAGGAAAAGAUUUCAAAUUCGCAGGAUUUUGCGCACUCGUUGAUUCACACGAAUAAGGUGUUUAAUAUAAUGUACGGCUUUAAAAAUCGUAAAGUCCUGGCCCAUGUUGGCUUUCUGCUGAAUGUGGACGUGAUCGAAGCGAUGCUGCAAAAGUUUCGCACCGAAUUUGCCGUUACUAAGAGCCAUCGCUUUCGGGAGAAGAACGAUCUGCAGUACGCCUUCACUUACUAUCACUUUCUGAUGAGCGAAAGCAGAAACAAGACACUUUCGGAGAUUUUCGACGACUUUGACACGGAUCUUUCGGGAACCUGGUCCGAUCGUGAGAUCCGCACGCUCCUCUCGAAGGUGUACAACCUGCCGUUGGAUUGGUCCGCGGUGCGAUACUUUGAGCAGAUCAUCACAAACUGCUCGCUGCAGCAGAACAACUUUCUUCCGCUGGAGAUUCAACCCCAGCAGCGGCAGGUCUAUCCGACGCUGGUGUACGAGCGGUACGAGGACUCGACGAUUCCAACGGUCACCAAAGAGCUGGUGCUUCAAUGCGUGGACCUCACCGACAUGAUGCGGGCCAACUUUGGCACCGUCCCACUCUACAAAUUUCAUAUCAACAAAAAACUGGUGGCCAGUAACUUCAAGAUGCUGACGACCAACAUCAGCCGGGUGGUCGACUCGCUCGACGAGAUCCGCAAAACGCCGAAAAAGUUCAACUGCAUCAACGACAACCUGGAGGAGGACAAUCCGGAAGAGAACCAGCUGAUCUCGGCCCUGCUGGAGGAUUUCUACCUGUCGCUCUUCCCGGCACGCUGCCAGUACGAGCUGGAGAACAACUAUCGCAACAGAUUUCAGUACUACGACGAUUACCGGGCCUGGCACGGGCGGAAGGUGCUCUUCCGGAACGUGGUGUACGGCGUGUGUGUGGUUGUGUUUCUGGUGUUUGCCAAACUGCUCUGCUUCCGGCACAAGGGCAAAUUUGCGCGGACGCUGGUGUUGCUUGGGAGUCGGAAUGAUUAUAGUACGAUUUGAGGACGGUUCCGCGUAGGUAAAUAAAGAAACGGUCAAGUGUAAAGUUAAA